AUGGACCAGAGCAACUUUCACAAUGAGACGAAACCCGAGACGCUCGUUUUAAUCAACAAUGUACUGGACUUCAUCCGCGGGAAUCUGGCCAAUAUCGAAAAGGUAUGGGGACGCGACUCUACGCAGUUCAAAAGCGCUUCGACUAUCAUGGAACAAUACCUUGACGAUAACUUGAGAAAAAUCAAUGUCAAGCGAUCGGACAUCGAUGAUCUGAUGCAAAAGCUUUCGAUCGAUGAUACACUCGAAAGACGAAACCCCACUGCCUGA